CAAUUGUCUCAUGGAGCUUCCAUUCAUUUCUCUAAUCCUGUUUUCUUCUUUCUUUCUAUUUCAGGUAGAACUUCUGGACGACGGAGGCUACUCGGAGGUGAUCUUAGCCGCGAGAAUUGGACAACGCAAGUCGAAAAAGGUUCUGAAGAAGUUCUUGUUGUUUGAGGAUGACGACGAUACGUCCAGGAUGUGGAAAUGGUACUCCUUUGAACACGAGCUGUCUUUCUUGCAAUCAUUGGAGCACCCUAACAUCGUCAGGGUAUCGGCUGCCUUCCAGUGUCCGUCCUACCUGGGCUUUCUGAUGGAGUAUCUCCACACGGAUCUUUAUCGAGGAUUGCUGGACGUGAGCUACUCCGAGGCGGAAUCCUACACAAGUCAGCUCACAGACGUCAUGUGCUACUUGCACGGCCAGCGCGUCAUCCACGGAGAUCUCAAGCUCGAGAACGUUCUCCUAGACACAGUUGGCCUGGUCAAACUCUGUGACUUCGGUCACUCUCAAGUCAUUCCUGGGGACACAGACAAGCCUGACGGCUGGAGAGGCACCGACGGUUAUCUGCCACCAGAGAUGGACGACUGCCAACUUCACAACGCCUUCAAGAUGGACAACUACUCCCUGGGCAUCUUGCUGUGGGCUUUGUUCUACGGCACUGCUCCGCACGACGACAUUGACUAUCUGUACAAAGUGGACAACGGUUCGUUUCUCAAGCCACAACACAAGCACUGUCUUCAGCGCCUUCUGUGGAGCUUUCCUCUCUCGGUAAGAAAAAGACCAGCUAAGGCCUGCAUUGAGAACUCACGUGGUCUCUGCGUACUUGGAAACACGAGAGACCCCCAAGCUGGCGCUGAUCCAGGGGAGACUACUACACAUGGCGACAGAGAGGAGGAGGGGGAGGAAGAGGAGGAGGCCGGGGAAGAGGACGAAUAA